ACAUCGACUUUGAAUAUGUUCAUUCCUUCUGCGGCCAGAGUGCAUUACGGAUGUGUCAUGUGUGUCAGAAUUUUGCAAGGUCUAGUGGAGGGUGUGACCUACCCAGCCUGCCAUGGGAUGUGGAGUAAGUGGGCACCACCUUUGGAGAGAAGUCGACUAGCCACGACUUCUUUUUGUGGUUCCUAUGCGGGGGCUGUGGUUGCCAUGCCCCUGGCUGGGGUGUUGGUGCAGUACAUUGGAUGGUCUUCUGUCUUUUAUAUUUAUGGUAUGUUUGGGAUUAUUUGGUACAUGUUUUGGCUGUUGCAGGCCUAUGAGUGCCCAGCAGCUCAUCCAACAAUAUCCAGUGAGGAGAGGACUUAUAUAGAGACAACCAUAGGAGAAGGCGCCAACUUGGUUAGUCUAAGUAAAUUCAAUACUCCAUGGAAAAGAUUUUUCACAUCAUUGCCGGUUUAUGCAAUCAUUGUGGCAAAUUUUUGCAGAAGCUGGACCUUUUAUUUGCUCUUAAUAAGUCAGCCUGCUUAUUUUGAAGAGGUCUUUGGAUUUGCAAUAAGUAAGGUGGGUCUCUUGUCUGCCGUCCCACACAUGGUCAUGACGAUCAUUGUGCCUAUUGGAGGACAACUGGCUGAUUAUUUAAGAAGCAGAAAAAUUUUGACCACAACUGCUGUCAGAAAAAUCAUGAACUGUGGAGGUUUUGGCAUGGAGGCAACUUUACUCCUGGUGGUUGGCUUUUCCCAUACCAAAGGGGUGGCUAUCUCCUUUUUGGUGCUUGCUGUAGGAUUUAGUGGCUUUGCUAUUUCAGGUUUCAAUGUCAACCACCUGGACAUUGCGCCCCGCUAUGCCAGCAUUCUCAUGGGCAUUUCAAAUGGAGUGGGAACCCUCUCUGGAAUGGUCUGUCCCCUCAUUGUCGGUGCAAUGACCAAGCACAAGACCCGUGAAGAAUGGCAGAAUGUGUUCCUCAUAGCUGCCCUGGUGCACUACAGUGGUGUGAUCUUCUAUGGGGUCUUUGCUUCUGGGGAGAAACAGGAGUGGGCCGAUCCAGAGAAUCUCUCUGAGGAGAAAUGUGGAAUCAUCGACCAGGAUGAAUUAGCCGAGGAGACAGAACUCAACCACGAGAGUUUUGCGAGUCCCAGAAAGAAGAUGUCUUAUGGAGCUACGACCCAGAAUUGUGAGUUCCGGAAAAAGGAAUGGAGAGAACAGAGGGCAGCGACCCUUGAUGAGGAAGAGCCGACAUCUUACCAGAAUGAAGAGGGAAACUUCUCAGCUACAUCCUAA